AUGGGGCCGAGGGUGGCCCCAUGGAGCCGGGCUGGCCGCAGCUUGCGGGAGCACGGACGGAACCUGCGUGCGCUACCUCGUGCCUUUCUGCCAGGCCUGGAGUGCGAUUUGGCCACCAACCUGGUGGGGCAGCCCCUGGUGAAGCAGCAGCUGCUGAGCGGCGUGCGGGAGUUCCUGGCCACGCCGAACCCCGCCAAGCCGCUCGUGCUCUCCUUCCACGGCCCCACCGGCACCGGCAAAACCUACGUGAGCUCCAUGCUCAUCCGCCACCUCUUCCGCGACGGCCUCCGCAGCCCCUACGUGCACCAGUUCUCCUCGCUGGCCCACUUCCCUCACCACGAGCAGCUGCAGCAGUACAAGGAGAACCUGAAGCACUGGAUCCAAGGGAACCUGACAGCGUGUGGACGAUCUGCGUUUCUCUUUGACGAGAUGGACAAGAUGCACCCGGGGCUGAUGGACGUGAUCGUGCCCUUCCUGGGCCCCUCGUGGGUUGUUUACGGGACCAACUACCGCAAAGCGAUCUUCAUUUUCAUAAGCAACGCAGGGGGAGAACAGAUUAAGAAAAUGACCCUCGAUCUCUGGCACGCGCACAAGGAUCGUGAGGAGAUCAGCCUGCAGGACCUGGAAUCAGCCAUCUCCAAAGCGGUUUUCGAAAGCCCUCAGAGUGGAUUCUGGAAAUCUGGGAUCAUUAACGAGCAUCUCAUUGAUUUUCUUGUGCCCUUCCUCCCACUGAAGCGCCACCACGUAAAGCAAUGCGUCACCAACGAGCUCAUCCAGCAAGGCCUGGAAGUCCGUCAGGAUAUCGUGCAGGGAGUGGCCGACAGCAUCCCCUACUUCCCAGAGGAAGAGAAAAUAUUUUCAUCAACAGGCUGCAAAACAGUAUCCUCUCGGAUUAGUUUUUUCUUCUAGCCACUGGCGAGGACUCUCUGCUGAAGCUGCACGCAGAGUCUGUAGCAGACGUGACUAGUCCUCAGGAGACAACGUACCUGCAGCCCGCUCAGAUUCCCAGGAUUUAGGACAUUUAUCAAGUUGCAGGGCCCGGGACUGGAGGGAUAAGCACAAGGAGCUACCUGUUACUUCCCAGGAACACGAGUGCUCUUCCUGGCGAACUCUCCUGCCCCAAGGAGGCAGCUGCAGGAUACAGUUGUGGGAACAAAUGCAAGCAAUGAGCCUUAAAGCACUUUAUUUAUUCCUCGGCCAAGUGAUGGAAAUACUGAACAGCCCAGUGAGUCACCCAAGACAAGCUGUGGCAAAGGGAGGAAGAUGCCAAGAGGGACGGUAAUAAGGGACAGUCACCUGUCCCUUCUCAGAGGCAGCCCUCAGUGGCCCUCUCCUCUCCUAGCAGCUAUUGAGAUCAAAUUCAUCAAGAUUCUGAGCCCAGAAAAAAGCUUUAAAAAAAUCUAAAGCA